CUUCGGACAGCCUUAAAGGCCUCGAGACCGAAAGAGUCUCCCACACUCUCCGGCGACCGAUCAUGGCGGAUCAACAUCAGCAGCACCACCAUCACCACCGGCCUCACCGCCUAUCCGUUCCCCCGCGCGGCGCCUCCUCGGGGGCCGCCACCACCUUCUCUGCCCGACCCUCCUACCCGAUUUACGGUUUUCCUCCCUCCACUCCGACGCCGACCCCAUCGAAGGCCCGCCCAUUCUCCUCCCUCACCUCCGCCUCCAAACCCUCCAAGCCCUACUCUUUCUCCUCCCUCUUGCUCCUUCUCUUCUCCCUCCGUUCGCUCUACUCGCUCCUACCCUUCCUCCGCUCCUCCCCUUCCUCCUUCUCCCUCUUUCCCUUCUCCUUCCUCGUCUCCCUCCUCUCCUUCCUUCUCACCAUCCCUUUCUCCUUGCAAAACGGACCCUUCCCGUCUCUGAGCUCAAUCAACCGAUCCCAGCAUCAAAUUAUCGUCUCAAAAUCGUUUCUUUUGGCCAUUGUGUUCCUCCUUCGAUUUCAAGCUCUCCGGUACUGCGGUGCUGCUGCCAUGAUCCUCGCCGAAUUGUCCGGUAAUGUGGCCGCCCGGUUCAUUGCCGAAGGUAAAGACCGGAGCUUUAGUUACCGGAUCAAAAACCGGAUGUCUAGGAUCCGGGGGUUUGUGGCUCUGUUUGUUGGGCUGUUUCUGUUAGCACUGAGCUGGGAUCGGAUUGAUUGUCUCCCAUUUUCGAAUAAAUUAGGGUUCCUAGGGCUUCCUGGAGAGAAAUGCAUUAGGGUUUGGCCUAUGCUGUUACCAUUUCUUUCUGGAUUUUUGGGGUGCUACGAGAGGGUCUCCAUGAAUUGGGGGACAGUUCGAGAGCUGGGUCGAAAACGGGUCAGAUUGAUUUCCCUGUUCUAUACCACAGUUUUGCUAUUUAUCCCUGCAGUUAUUGGUAUCGCCAUAUUCGAGCACGAUGGUGAUAGUAUAUCUAUUAGUAAUUUAGGGUGGCCCUUAGCUAAUACAGUUGUUUUUGGAGUGUUACUGACCGAGAAUUUUACUGAUGAGAAGCUGGCAAGCCCCAAAGAUUUCCGGAGAGAAUUUGUGGUCACAUAUGCCUGCACACUGGUCUUGGAGCUGUUCUACUUUCCAGAGCUCUCACUCUGGGGUCUAUUGCUCUGUGGGUUCUUACUUUACAUUGCUGUUACUGAGUUGGAUCCUGUCUACUCGAGCUAUCUUGAAAUGGGCUUGGAAUCUUCAGAUUCAUUUUUUGCUUUAGGUAUGAAGCCCAUUCGACAUAUCUUGAGCGAGAGGAAAUCUCGGAAGAUUGCACUCUUCCUUUUGAUCAACACAGCAUACAUGGUCGUGGAAUUUGUUGUUGGGUUCAUGAGCAACAGCCUCGGGCUUAUCUCUGAUGCAUGUCACAUGCUGUUUGACUGCGCCGCCCUUGCUAUAGGACUCUAUGCCUCGUACAUUUCCCGCCUGCCUGCAAACAGUCAGUUUAAUUAUGGUCGUGGGAGGUUUGAGGUUCUGUCAGGAUAUGUUAAUGCUGUGUUUCUUGUAUUGGUGGGAGCUCUUAUUGUGUUGGAGUCAAUCGAGAGGAUUCUGGACCCUCAAGAGAUAUCGACUAAUAGUCUGUUAGCAGUUUCCAUUGGAGGGUUUGUUGUGAAUGUGGUCGGUUUGAUCUUCUUCCAUGAGGAGCAUCAUCAUGCACAUGGUGGAUCCUGCUCUCAUUCUCAUUCUCAUUCUCAUUCCCAUUCCCACCAUCAUCACCAUCAGCACAAACAUGGUGACAAAUGCCAUGAGAAGCAUGCGGGGCCUAUUACUAUUGUGAAUAGCUGCCAUGGAAGUUCAUGUUCUGGUCGGAGUGAUGACCACAAACACCAUCAUUCUGAUCAUGGAAGUACUUGCAGCAGUAAGAUGGUGGACCCCGAUGCCCAUGCUUACUUGCACGGUAACAUGGAUCAUUCUCAUGGUCAUGAGCAUGAUCAUGCUCAUCAUGGUCCUUGUGAUCAUGAUCACCAUCUUGAUGGCCAAAAUGACCAUUGUCAUGUUCAUGUACACCCUCAAGCUGAAAUUCACCGUGACCAUGACCACCACCACCAUGGUCAUCCAUCCACAGUCCCGUGUUCCAAAAUUGGCGUACCACUGGGUGACCAAGGCCCCCAAGAGAACACCCAGCAUCGCCACAUUGACCACAACAUGGAAGGAAUAUUCCUACACGUUCUUGCGGAUACAUUGGGGAGUGUUGGGGUUGUCAUCUCAACACUAUUGAUCAAGUACAAGGGGUGGCUUGUCGCAGACCCCGCCUGUUCCAUAUUCAUCUCUGUCCUGAUUGUUUUGUCAGUCGUUCCACUGCUCAGGAACUCCGCAGAGAUUCUACUACAGCGAGUUCCCAGGACCCAUGAACAGGACCUGUUCGAGGCACUGAAGAGUAUAAUCAAUAUGAAGGGUAUCCAUGGCAUCAGGAAGAUGCAUGUGUGGAGCCUUACAAACACAGAUGUUGUCGGGACUGUUCAUCUGCAUGUUGAGACGGAAGCUGACAAGGCUUCUGCAAAAGCUCAGGUUUCACACAUGCUGCGAGAUGCUGGGGUUAAGGAUCUUACGGUGCAGGUGGAGCGUGUCAAAGUUUAGUCAAUGGGAAUGAGCUGAGCAAUCCUUUUGAAAGUGGUCCAACGAAGAAAAGAUCAGUACCUCAUCAAUUAAGAAAGGUGGCUCGAGCUUUCUGAGAAUAUGGUGGUGAUCUGCUGCUGCAGUGUUGUAAGCUGCUGAAUUUGCAUGGGUUCUUGAGUUUGUUCAUAUACAUGGUGGUUGCACACUAAUAAGCAAGGAGAUAGGCUGACCAGAUCUCUUAGACCAGAACUGGAGUCAUUUUUUUCUUCCUUGUAAUUACGAGGCAUUUGGUGUAGAAUGGAAAUGCUGGUAGAUUCUGAAGAAACAUAGAUGGUAAUUAGUGCCGUCGGGUAUAAGCCUCCUUCACUCUUGAAAAGCAGCAUCUCGUGUAUGAGUUUUGUGAUCUUGCGCCUAUUACUAAACUGCUGGGAUGAUCAGCUUAUGAACUCAGCAAAGAGAUUCCUUUUCAAACAGAUGAACUUUUGCAUAGUACCAAAUUAUGAAAGUUGUCUCU